AUGGUUUUCUGCUCGGGGUUGAAUACAGUUGUACACUCAGAUUCUUUAGGAAACGUAUUUACUUCGACUCUUAAUACAAUAUUCAUUUACAAGAAGACAAUCACUACUACAAAGCUAUUUGAAUUCGAUGCACCACUUAUCGCACUUUCAAUUUGUAAAAAAUACAUAUUAAUUGCGGCAACUUCAGAAACUAAAUGUUUGGAUAGUUCCGAGGCCUUCAAAGUAGUAUUUACAGAUAAAACAACUACAUCAUGCUUUGGUUACUACAAAACAACAACAAUUGGAAGAAUUAUUGACCAAAAAUUAGUUUUGACAGAUUUUGAAGCUAAUAAUAAGACAGUAAUACCAAUAGGACAUCCAGUACAAGCCGUAUCAUUGAUUUCUCCUAAGACUUUUGCUUUAUUAUCAAGCGGAAAAAUUGAUAUUUUAUUUGACUCGAAUAUUAUCAUCAAAGACAUCCCAUCAGGUAAGUUCCUUAUUAGCAACAACAAUAUCUUUGUUUUGGGAUCACAGUUACACCAAAUUGUCAUUGAACAGACGAAAGAAAACUUUAAUCAACUAAUUUCAGAAGGAAAGUACGAAUCUGCCUUCAACAUACUCAACAAGAAGGAUGAUAUCAAGGAUAUCGACAUCUACUUGAAUCAAUACAUUGAAAAACCUGAAUUCAAAAUUCAAUUUUUAUUCCAAACAUUAGAAAGACUUUCUUACACAGAAUUCAUUACAGACUUAAAGCUUACAUCCAAACGUAAUGAAAUAUUGCUUGAAUUCGUGAAAAUUCAUCCAAAUUGGGAGAUGAAUUUAAAUUUCAUUGAAGAAGUAUCUAAAAUCACAACAGACAUGAAUAUUUUAUAUAAGUUCUUAGAUGAGAUCAAUUACAAUGCUUCCUGGGUCCCUUAUUUAAUCAAAAUUUGUAUAUCAAAAUCAAUGUUCGAUUUAGCUCAAAAAUUCGCACACCAGGACAUAUAUUUGAGCUUGCUAAUUGCAGAAUACGCGCAUGACGCCAUGGCGAUGCACGAAAAACUGAAAUUUGCCAUGAAUAAUUCCGAAUUAGCCGUAGAAGCGGUUAGAUUCCUUACCAACUGCAAUCUAUCACUUUUCCUGGCUUACGAUACCGUUGUUGCAUCGGAGUUACUCCAUUUGGCCUUCGAGAAAACCGAGGAAUACGGUUUGGGAGUCGAUGGCCUCGUAAACAACGUAAUUGAAUACUUAAAACCGGAAAAUCCGCUUUGGCCGUUGAUUAUUAAGGAAAGUAUCAAGUCCAAAGUGAAAAUUACGUCACUUGCAAGCGUAGAAAACUUCCUGGUGUAUGGAACUGAUAAAUCUCGACAAGAUUUAUUUUCUCAUAUCUUAAAUAGCGAAAGCUCGAAGGAUUCUCCGCAUUUAUUGGAGCUAGCUAUUAUCGUUGGAUAUGAAAACAUCGAAUUGGACAUAAUUGUCCUAUCAAAAAACAUUGAUUAUCUGUUUGAAUACUUAUUCAGACACAAAAAGACGACAUUCAUCGGAGAUUUGCACAUGGUAUGCAAGGGAAUGGAUAUUAAACAGAUAUUGAUCACUCAUUGGCGUGAAUUAAUGGCAAUUAACCCGAUAGAAUUUGCUGCCGAAAUUUUGAACACUCAUGAUGAGAAUUUUAUUCGAAGAACAAUAUCAAUGUUAAAUCCAAGCUAUAAUUUCCUAAAAACAAUGUUUUCUUUCGACGGUGUCAUAGAAAUGUCCGACCAAUUAACUCUUCUCAAAUAUAUUGAAAUGCUCUGUUCGAAAAAUUCAAACGAAGUUAUCAAUUUUGUGAAGAGGGUAAGAAACAUUGAAUACGACAAAGUUAUAGCGAUUACGGAGCAGAAAGGCAUUCUCGAUGCAACUCUCCAUAUUUCUGGUCUUUUUGGAGAUACAAAACGAAUUAUUAAAAAUUCCACUCAUGCAAUCACCGAUGAACUCAUGGAAGACCCGACCAAUGUUACAUUUACAAGGCAAGUAAUCGAGUUCUUGAGUUCUUCAGACCCAGAACAAGCUCCAAACUUAUGGUAUCAGAUUAUCAAAAGUUUUCAGCUUCCAUUUUUGAAAUACGGCGAAUCCUUUAGUGAAAACGAAGCCUUGAAGAUGUUUAUCAGGUCAAUGACUUAUAACAUCCCUAAUAUCCUCGAAACAUCCAAAGUUUUGACGAAAAAUUUCUCAUUUUUGCCAUUCAACCAAUCGAAGAAGAUUUUCAGGAUUUUCUUCGACACGAUUAAAGAGAAGAACAACUUUGCGAUGUCAUUGAACGCUAUCACACACGAGGAAGCAGUAAAGAACCAACUCAAAGCUGUUUCUUCAAAGCAAAGUGGAGUUCUUUAUGAUGCAACAAAAUGUCAAAUUUGCCAACAUAAAUUGGAUGGAAUAAUCGUUUGUUGUCCGUCCUGUGGAAGCUGCUACCACGUGUCAUGCUGUCAUUCUUGGUGUGGAAAAUGCAAUAUAGAGCUUUGCAAGACUUUCCCACCGGAUAUGCCUGCAAUUAAGAAGAUUCAGACAUUUGACAACAUGGAAAAGAAAUACCGAGUAAAGAUUCUCCAAAAGAAACCUUCAAAGCCUCAAGUUUCUUACGUUGUAGAACCAAAAAUUGGUAUAAAAGUGACAAGACUUGAUGUAACUCCUGAAAUUAAUAAUACAAUGACUAAUCCGAAAUAA